CACUGCAGAGAGGAGAAACGUCUCCACCAUGAUCAUUGACCGACUUUCCUACGACUGUUCUGGACUUGUGGACAGGGAGGCGGAUGUCAUGUCCAGUCCGGUAAACUUCUUGUCGUUUUACGACUGUUCCUCCCCCAGAGAGGACUCGGGUAAGCAGAGCCCGUGGACACCGACCGGGGAGAGUGGGAGUACCGCGGGGAGCCCUCAGUACCCGGACCCGGGCUUCACCUGCAUCAACGCUGACUGUUCUCAGGACAGUUUUAAGCAGCAGAGUCUGCGGUACCAGGGCGUACGUGUCAAAAACACAGUGAAAGAGCUGAUUAUGCAGAGACGGAACAGUGAAGUGCAGCCUCAGCCACACAUAGAUGAAAUUGAAUUUCCAGCUCUAACUAAUUUGCUGCAGAGUGGAAAACGGGCAGCUGAAAAUAUCUCACCUCAUUCCGUCCCUAAAAGACCUGCAACAGAGCACAACAACGUCCUGUCUCCAUGCCUUUUUUCUGAGACCAUCCUUAUUGAGCAGACCAUCUGUAACGGACUUGAAGACGUCUUUAACAACUCUGCACUGCCCAUAAAGUCUUUUAAGAUCCAGGAAUGUCUAAUGCCGGUCUCCAGUCCACCUCAAGAGGAACUGCAGCCCACCCUUUACACUACACCUUCUCCAGUUUAUUCCCCCUGCCAGCUUUCUCAGGUUCCUGAGGGCCCGUACACACCUCCAUUCCAGAGCCCACAGAAUAGUUUUGGGCCGGGCGUGACUCCAUCUGCUCCGGUUUCCUUCUUCCAGUGGCAGAUCCAGCAAGAGGAGGAGAAAUUGGCCGGUUUAAGCCCUCUUGAUCUCACUUCUAGGGACAGCGAUGGAGACACGUUCCUUCACAUUGCUGUGGCUCAGGGCCGCAGAGCACUGGCCUACGUACUCGCCAGAAAAAUGGCCAACAUUGGCAUGCUCGACGUAAAGGAGCACAACGGACAGAGUGCAUUCCAAGUGAGUGUGGCAGCGAACCAGCACCUGAUUGCUCAGGAUCUUCUGUCACUGGGAGCCCAGGUGAACACCACAGAUUGCUGGGGUCGGACACCCCUCCACGUGUGUGCAGAGAAGGGACACACUCUUAUCCUACAGGCGAUUCAAAGGUCGGUGCAGAGCAAUGGGCAGAAGGUGAAUAUCGAGGCUGUUAACUAUGAUGGGCUUACCCCUCUGCACAUCGCCGUCAUGUCCCACAAUGCAGUGGUGCAGGACCUGAGUCGCCUGGCAGCACCGCAGUCUCCUCAGACCUCAGUUCUGAUGCAGAGGAGGAAGCUGCUCGGAGAAUGUACAAAUACUCUCCUGCAAAUGGGCGCCUCUUAUGGCACCAAGGAUCGUAAGAGUGGAUACACAACCCUGCACAUGGCUGCAGAGGAGGCAAACGUCGAGCUCCUGCGUCUGUUCCUGGACCAGCAGGACUCCUUCUGCGUGAUCAAUGCCAAAGCGUAUAACGGGAACACAGCCCUGCACAUGGCUGCCGCCCAGAACGGCCGUCAGUCUCAGGCUCACGCUGUGCAGCUGUUGAUGAGGAGAGGAGCCGAUCCCAGCGCCAGGAACCUGGAGAACGAGCAACCCAUUCAGCUGGUGCCUGAAGGACCUGUGGGGGAUCAGGUGCGUCGGAUCCUGAAAGGUCGCGGCCCGCAGGCUCGCUCCUACGUGCUGCCCUAAGAGCGAUGUCGCCGAUCCCCCUCCGUCAGAAUCACUGUCAGUCAGGCAGUCCGAUCUGUGUACAGUAUCAUUUGCCGGUAUUAGGCAGAUGUCAGUUGUUUCUAUGAAACAGUUUUACCACUGUUCACUACUGUGUAGUAAAAGUCCAGGGAAGGUCGAGCCCAGAGCAUUUUAAACUAACAACAACAAAAAAAGAGAAAGACUUAUUAUUUUAUUCAUGUAGUAGAUUCAUUAUUAUCAGAUGUUUUAAUCAUUAAUGCUUGGGAUGCAUUGGAUUCAUAUUAGCUAAAUUAAGACUCUUAAGCUUUUGUUUUUAUAGCAGCAUUAAAUUAAAAUAAAAUGCUCAUUUACUUCACUGCUUCUUUUCAAAUGUGUGACUAGUUAAACCACAGAUAAUUCUUUUCGACCAGUUUAGAUUGAAUUAGGUUUCUUCCUAGUGAGGAAUUACCAGUGUGGGGGCGCCCAUUGUUUUUUCCUAGUCAGAAGUCGGAAAUUCAGUGCUCAGCUUUAGUCUAAAAUAAAAUUAAAGACAAAUGCACACAAUUAAGUUUUUAUUUAAUCCAUCAAGAUAGAAGGUUUCUGCAAACAUAAUCACAAUAUGUUAUUUUAUUUAUAAAGGUUUAUAUAUGAAAGGUUUCCACAUGGUCUUCCGCUCCAGACAGAGAUGGAUGUUCCCUGUAUGACCUCUGUUUCUGUGCAUAAUUUAGAUGAUAAGUAGACAGUACAGGGUUCCUAAUCAGUGCCCUUGUAUUCUUUAUACACUAAUCACAUUAAAUCCGUUCAUUCGGAACGUCCUGCACUGUCAUCAUCAUGUAAAAGGCAGCAAUCUUUGAGCUCUCCUUUGCUUUUUAAAGUAAUAUUUUGACUAAACAUGUUACUACCUAUGUUGCUAGUACUGUAAUUAGCUAUGUAAAAGUUCACACACUAAAUUUGUUUUCUGGUAAAUUUUACUACAUUUCUGGACAUUCACUGGGUUAGGGUCAGGUAGUUUCACGUUGCUGGUAGUUGGUAGUAACAAAGAUUAAUAAAACAAUAGUCUAACAUCCGUUUGUCUUGUUUGCUGCUCUCAGAUAAUGAACCAUCUGUCUUAACAGAAUUGAAAUCUCUGGGCUCUGGUCAGUAAAGGAUGUUUUGAAUUGUCGAUGUAAUUGUUCUAUAUAAUUAUGGGUUGUAUAUGUAUUAUAUGGGUUGUUUUUGAGUUCAUCUGUUUUAUUGUAUUUCUAAUAAAUCAAUUAGAAAGUACUACACAAAAACAAGUUGAUUAUCAGAGUUAUCACAUGUAUAUUACACCUGGAACUGUGUCAGUCAUCAGACUUCUGCUCUGUGCCAGCUUCCCUUUUCUGAUUGAUAUAAAAAUCAAGGCCACUGGAGCUAGACAAACAACGUUCACGUGUUGAUAUAAAAGCUUUAUCAGCAGUUCUAAAUGGAAGCAGGUUUGCAGUUGUUGAACUUUUCCCACUUUUAUUUUAUGGUGUUGAACUCUACGCUCCAACAAUUAAGAUCUGUCAAAACACGUCAUGUAGAUAAGCUAAUCAUAUCAUGUGACCUUUGUUAUAAAUGUGAACGUGUUUUUGAUCACGUAAAUACAGUUAAUUAUUAGUAUCUGUGAAUUAUACAGGUCUAAGUACUACAUAUAACCUCGACAUAAGGAUUAUAAUGAUGGUGGAGCUACAAAGUACAGUAUGUCUCAUAGACAAUAAUUAAAAUGCCUAAAUUUUUCUUGCUGGUUUUCUCUGUGUGUAAGACAUGUUGGUGAA